AUCUCAUCCACAUCAUCGAAUCGACUCUUGUAAUGCCCAGCAGCAGCGACUAAGCUAGCUACGACUCGACUCGACUCGACUCGACGACCCCCAGCUUACCCGACGUUCUCGCCGAUACCCCGCCCCACCACCCCACACCACCAUGGUAGUCGACUCGGACCACCUCAUCCUGCCUGCGCCGCCUGGCGAGUCGGACCCGGACCGCUGGAUCGAGAGGCUACGGAAAAACAAGCACCUCCCCGAGCGGCAGAUGAAGCAGCUGUGCUCGCGGGUCACCGACAUCCUGCUCGAAGAGUCCAACGUCCACCUCGUGCAGAGCCCCGUCACGGUCUGCGGCGACAUCCACGGGCAGUUCUGGGACGUGCUCGAGAUUUUCCGGCAGGGCGGCGACCCGCCCGACACGAGCUACAUCUUCAUGGGCGACUUUGUCGACAGAGGAUAUUACUCGCUCGAGACGCUUAGUCUGUUGCUGGCGAUGAAGGCGCGCUACCCCGACCGCAUUACCCUCCUUCGUGGUAACCACGAAAGCCGGCAGAUCACACAGGUGUACGGCUUCUACGACGAGUGCAUGCAGAAGUACGGCAACCCGAGUGUGUGGAGGGCAUGCUGCAACGUCUUUGACAAUCUCAACCUUGCGGCGAUCAUCGACUCGUCCAUCCUCUGCGUCCACGGCGGCCUGUCGCCCGACAUCCGCACCCUCGACCAGGUGCGCACAAUAUCGCGCGCGCAAGAGGCGCCGCACGAGGGCCCGUUCUGCGACCUGAUGUGGUCGGACCCGGACGACGUCGAGACGUGGGCCGUCAGCCCGCGCGGUGCGGGUUGGUUAUUCGGCGCAAAAGUCACGGCAGAGUUCAACCACGUCAAUUCGCUCGACCUGAUUGCGCGCGCGCACCAGCUCGUCCAGGAGGGAUACAAGCACAUGUUUGACAACCAGCUCGUGACGGUCUGGUCGGCGCCAAACUACUGUUACCGGUGCGGCAACUCUGCGUCCAUCAUGCAGGUCGAGGACGGCGGAAAGACAAACUUCAAGGUCUACGAGGCGGCCAUUGAGAACGAGAGCGACCAGCGAAACCCCGCCAUGCGGAGAGGCGGCGCGCCGUCCUAUUUUGUCUGAGCGACGCAGCAAACAAGCGUUGCGUUGUAUAGUACAACAUGCAUCUCA